UGUAGUUUUAUUGAAAUAAUUGGGUAGGGAUAUGUGCUGUUUUUGCGGAAUGACCCUACAUCCAGCCCUUUUCCCUUUAUGAGAAUCACAGAUCAGAAGCCAGAGGCGGGUCUGCCGGGAAACACUUGGACUGUGGACAGAAGGGAGGCCCCACUCACACGCCCUCCUGUGAAAACAGGAUUACCUAAUAUUAGCUAUGAAUAGAGAUUUUCAAACAGGUUGUGGAGAAGAACAACGACGUUUUCUAUCACCCGAGUGAGAAUUAACGCAUAGAAAGCCUUUGGGGUUUUGUGCAGAUCCUUAACAUGAUAGAAAGAAUAAUGCCUGCCAGCAGACGGUUAUGAAAUCGACAACUUUGUUAUAAAAAAAAAGGCUUAAAAUACAUACUUAGAUAAUUUUGGUUACUUGGCGAUUAUGUCGUCAUAAGAAUGUCAUUGAAUUAAGUGUGAUAUGAUAAAAAUAGGCUGUGCCGCAGUAGCGCUGCAGCCAGAGGCCCCACACCGGAUGUGCCAUAUAUGGUCAAGGCACGCAGCUCUCUGAUUGGCUGCUCACAUUAGCGACAGGGUUGUUGCUGGAGCGCUCUGAGUGGGAGAUCCAUCAUUAUAAUUGACAAGGGAUACGAAAAAUCACAGUUUUUAAUAGAAAGGGCGCGGUUCAAGUAUCACAACAAUUAUUUCAUUGUUUAAUUCUCUCUUAUCCUUUGGCAUACAUGCUCGUUGAAUAACACUUUCUUACAUUGAUUAUGUCAAAAGCAGUGUGUAUUUUUGUUGUUUAUUUCUUUCAAUCAUACGCCUAGUGGGACUAUCACACGCUUGCAGAUGAACCAUCAGAGAGAUAUAAAUCUCUAUAAUAUUCCUAAAUCGCAACCUCACGCAGGAAUGCAAAAGAGAGGCUGCAAACAAGACACGUAAAAUGACGUAUUUUGUUCAUUCAUGUGAAAGCAGCGGCGUUAAUAUGAUUUAAUGAUAUAGAAUUGCAUUGCUUUACGCAUCGGACGCUUUAUUUGAAUGCCUAUAAUGUCGAAUCAAAACGAGCGCUGUUUUGAUUCAGGCAUAUCUGUGUAAUACCGUAUAUAUUUUUGGCUCAUGCUUAACUGUCUCCCCUCCGGAUCAGUGGUACAGUCUCAGAGAUUUCAUUCAUAAAAAUCUGCCUCACUAUAAAGAGAAGCAGCGUUGAUGGCUGGUGCCUCCUAGCGUAAUAACCUCAAUCUAGAUUUUUUUUUAAACCCUAAAGAAUAGGAUUUGGUGACAUUAGUCACAAACUAAUCUGGUUCCCAGCAUCUCCUGGAGCGAUCUAGCAGAAGUGAUGCCUAAAAACGCGAGUGUUUCUCAGGUGUCUGCAGAACAGCUGCUGCACACAUCAGCUUCUGAGAUGAAGGAUACGCAGAAAACAGGUAUUCUGAAGGAUGCUGAUGCUCCCUUUGUUCCAACGGUCACUGCUGUAGCUUCAGCUCCAGAUCUCAAGUGGAUGGUCCUGUCGACUGACAUCUCUUCAGUGUCGCCUUGCAGAGAUGAGAAAUCACAGAGCUCAUCUCACUGCACAGAUGCCAAACCGACUCGAAAGACCUUUACUGGCCGGAGGAAGGGGGUGAAAGAUCAACUUUCUCCAGAGGAAGAGGAAAGAAAGAAGAUCAGAAGAGAAAGGAAUAAACUCGCAGCCGCCAAAUGUCGAAAUCGCAGACGAGAGCUGACCAACAGCCUCCAAGCUGAAACCGAUAGUCUCGAGGAGGACAAAGCAGCUCUGCAGUCUGAGAUUGCCAGUCUGUUAAAGGAGAAAGAACGACUCGAACUCAUCCUCUCGGCUCACAAGCCCCAUUGUAAACUCACAGAGGAGACUCCGGUAGAUAGUGAGGAACAAACCCAAGCCCAGAAGGAGCAGAUUCAAGCUCCCAGCGCCUCUCCAGAACAGGUGCCCACCUCCCCUCAGCAGGUCGACCCCACCAGCACUGCGAUCUUUGGCGACUCUGAUGUCCUUCUGUGCUCCAGCGCCGAACUGGGAGCCACUGAGGUGGAACCGUACAUCGAUAUGCAAGAUGUGUCCAUGGAAGACAUCAGCGAGGUGAUUGACAGUGGCGAUGACAUGGAUCUGUUAGUGCCAGAUAUUGACCUCACUAGCUCUCUGGGUCUGAGCGAAUGGGAAACCCUGUACAUGUCAAUGGGUGGUGGGUUGGACCCUCUCAGCUCGCCUACAUGCAGCCCCACCUGUAACAGCUCUAACGCUGUGCCCAUAUUCAGCUUCAACAAUGCAGAUGUGGAGAAGCAUGACAGUGGGAAAGAGGGCAAAUCUAAUGCAGCAAAAGAAAUAUUGGCUUCUGGCACAUCAUUCUUAUGAAUAAAGGUUCCAAAAUGGGGUUUCCACAGUGAUGGAAAGGUAUCUUAUGGUUCCAUUAAGAACCUUUGGUUCUUGAGAUGAUUGCAUGUUCUUCACUCUUAGAACAAAUGGUAUGAAUAACUGUUCAAUAAAAGGUUCUUUGGGGAACCCAAAAUAGUUAUUCUAUAUGGCAUUGCUGUGGAACCCCCCCCUCCCCCCACCCAUCCCUCCCCUUUGGAACCUUUAUUUUUAAAAGUGCAAAAGAACCUUUUAGUGAACGGUGUGUUCUUUGUUGAUAUCUAUCCAUGGAAACUUUACAUUGCACAAAAGGUUCUUUAUAGUGGAAAUAGUCUCUUUUCUGAAUUUGAUAGGUUCUUCACAGAACCAUUGAUGUCAGUAAUGAACCUUUAUUUUGAAGUGUUGCUUGCUGAAUUUGAAAAAACCCUUUUGGGUUCCCAAAAGAACCUUUUAAUUAAC